AUGGAGAACAAUCCAACCCUGAUGCGCAUGUGUGUUGCACUUGCAUUUCUCUUGAGUUUCACUAGUGCGUCUGAAGAAACUUCAUGUGGUCCCAUGAAAACUUCCACCUGUCACAGAAACAGUAACUCAGGUAAUUGAAAACUUCCAACCUCAAAACAAUCGAUCGUUCAAUAGCUGAAUACCUACAAGUAUUCCCUGUACAUCACAUUUUGGCUCUGAGCAUCUAUGUCUCUUGCUAUAAAUGUAGUGAAACCACUUUUCAAAAGGCAACUUCAGGAUCGGAAGAAAGUGUCCUCUUCAGUGACUGUAGCUCUAGCAAUGUUUUAAAGGAACAUGUUUCAGAUUAGAUCUAAGUUCGCAUCACUUUAAUGGAGAGAGACGUACUUUAAAUAAAUCAUGAAUCAAAAUGUAUUCAUCAUAUACGCGCUCUUUUUUUUCUCUACAUUCAUAGGAUAGGUGAUCCUCUUUUUAUUUCCUCAGGAGCUGAUGUCCACUGUGAAAGUGACUCAGCGCCUCAUAGCUGCAGUAAUAGAAAUGAAGAAAAAGAGAAACUUAAAUACCAUUUCCACGUGAAUGAGCCGCCUAAGUUCCGUGGCGUGUAUCCAUUUCCAGUGGAUCCUAUUCCGCGAAGAAACUGCUUCGACGAGGAAGCAAUGGAAUUUCUACAAAAGGGGGUAAAACACAUCGCAAUAAUUUUCAUUUGGAUAUGAUUCACAAUCACAUUGGUAUUAGGAAAAUCUUCCAUUAUGUGUAAAAAGUAAUCCGGGAUUGCCGUGUUUUAGCUUUACUUCGUUACGUGAUUGGUCCAGGAAACCUUGCACUACUUUCUCAACCAAUCAGAUUGAUAACCAAAGUCAAUCUGGACGUGGUCAGCCGCGUUUUCCCGCCUUUUAGGCAGUGGGCCUUUUUUUGAAUUCGAAUUCUCGUUGGCUCCUCUUGAUAUUUUACCAGCUGUGAUUGUUUUGGUUUCUCAGUCGAGAAGCACCCUUAUGCCCGAAGCCACGUGAUUGGUCCAGAUAUCUGGCACCACCCUCUCAACCAAUCAGAAACUAUGGGCGACUUAAUCAAUGACUAUCCUGUGUUUACAGCUAUUUCAAUGUGUUAUUUUAAUUUGAAAUCUCAUUGCCGACGUUUGAUAUUUGCUGCUCGUUAUUCUAAUCAGCUAAGGUGGUUAUCACAAGAAAAUUUGUUUUAAUCACCUAAGUUGAUAUUGUAAAUUGGUCACCGUAAAGAGUUUUUAAAGCUGACGUUUCGAGCAUUGUGUGUAGUUUACAUACGGAGCGAUGGAGCUACGCUAUUGAAAGCAACAUGGACAAAAACACAGGAAUAAAUUAGAUGAAAGAAAUGUUCUUUUGAACUUUGGGGAUUAAGGUUGUGACCAAAUGGAUGGGAAAGGGCUCCACUAUGUUGUCGUCUUCACCUAAGAUUUCACAAUUCUUCUUCACAGCUCUACUUCUAUACUACGUUUUACGAAAAUCUGAACCCCAUGCCUAGAAAUUAUCUCAUGAAACAGGCAGAGGGGUCAAAAAGAGGUUACAACUACACGCUGGGAAAAUCGUAUCCGACGAUUUGAUUUCAUUUUACGUCUUGUAACUGAGAAGAAUUUAUCUAACAUUCUUUUUUAAUGUCUUAAUCAUCCUACAUUGUUUUGUUGUUUUUGUUUCUGUUGUUGUGGUCUUUGCUUUUGAUAAUUGUAAAUCAUGAUCUAUUACCAUUUAUUGCAGCUUCCAGUGGUACUCGAACAAUGCACGUUCCAGAAGCCUGCCCUAAAAUGGACCAUAGAAUACCUAAAAGAGAAUCUGAAAGAUGAAGACCACACGGCAUACUUUUCACAAACCAGACAGUUUCUUUAUUACGACGACGAUCACAUGAAAGGCACGUACAAAGAAUGGAAACCGCCGAUCACCAAAAAAUUCUUAUAUUUUAGCAAUUUUACGAAAUCGAUGAAGGAAAUAGAGGAGGCGGACAAUGGUAGCCGAGCGUACUUUCAGGUACUGCAUUGAAAUCUGUCACGUUAGUUGGGGUGGUUUCUUUGAGUGAUCAGAGCUAGACUUUGGAAAUUUUCAUCCCUGUAGAGUUCAGUUAUUGAAGUGGUUUGUUUUUCCUGAUCUUUUGAGGAUUUCGUUGGACAGGAAAAAGGGAGCAGAUGGAAUUCCUUGAGUUAGUGUCUUUUCUUUGUGUGUGUGUGUGUGCAAAUAUGAUUUAUACGCUGCCACAACAACAACAAUAAUAUCAACAACUAUUUUUGUUUUCUUCGCUUUUGUUUUUGUUUUUUCAUUGUUUUUAUUUUGUUUUGUUUUGCCCUAUAGCCAGUGUGGUCAUCCUUUAACCCCUAAUCCUUGCUUGCCAGGACUCUCUUAAUUUUCGUAACGAUUUUCUAUUUUUAGUCACUGAUAUAUCUUCAAGAAGGCGUCAGUGCAGCCAUGCAGAACGAUGUUGAUUCUUUUAACUACACCUGGCUACUUGACCUCGUGACGCGCUUCAGCUGGGGCGAGGAUGUUACCAACCUGCUAUUGGUUGGUAUGCCUGAUGUCGUCACGCCUGCGCACUUUGAUGUCCUGGAGAAUCUUUACGUGCAGGUUAGUUUUAUAAAUUAUUUAUAACAUUACUGCAAAAUAAUCAACUUCAUUAAGGCCAAGAUUAAGCUGUUUUUUGUCGCAGAUCUUAUGGGCGCUUAUAAUAUCCAAGAUAUCUAUGCCACAGGCAUGGAAUUAUUCCGUCAGUCAAAGCAUUGGAAGAUAUCGGUGUUUCUAACACCCUGUCAGCAUACAUAUCAUAUGAAAUGCCAUAAAAAUGAUGUCGCAGAAUAAAAACCUCCCCUUUCUUAGAUCCGACUUACUGUAUUUGAAUCAUCUCAAUAACAAUAAUAAUAAUGAUAAUGAUAGUAAUAAUCAUUUUUUAUUGAACUGUUUAAAUAACAAAUUAAUUUAUUACUGUACAAUCCGGAUUUUAUUAAGCACAUUUAACAAUAAAUUAGAAGUGAAAUGACAGUGCAAACUGCGAAGCUAAAUUAACCGAUUAGAUUUUUGUUGACUCCUCGUGACAUGGCUAACUUGUCUCAAGUUAGCCAUGUCCGAAAGUCAUUUGAAUUCCCUGUCAUGGUAUUUCACGAUACAUGGGGAAUUUACCACAUUUGUUUCUUAUUUUCUCACUUCAAUCUUAAUAGCUUUAAUAGUUUCAUUUUUUUCUCUGUCUAAUAGUAUUUUUAGCAGAAGAGAUAUCUUGUAUUAUUCAUUAUUAGUAAGGACAUAUGCAGCAGUUUUCAGUUGAGUUUCGAAAGACCAAGACCAAAAUAAUGGCGACAGCCAAUCGAAGUGAAGGCGACACCAUAGUUAGCCAAUGAGUGCUUGGAAUAAAAACGUGCGAACUGCAUGAAAAGCACAUAAACUCGUGUGAUUAAUUCAUGAGCUUUGAAUCUGAUUGGUGAAGCCAAAAUAUGUAAAACCAAAGUAACCAUGGAUUACUUUCGACUUGCAAUUGACAACCGUUCCAUAACUGGAUUAACUUGCUCUUUGCUUUCUUGUAUCCAAUUGGCAGAUUUUUGGCCGGAAGCGAGUCAUCUUGUUUAGUCCAGAUUACUUCCGUUGUUUGUACCCGCAUCCUGUGGGACAUCCUCAUGACCGACAAACACAGGUAACAUUUUCUAUUUCCUUCUGUAAAGAAAGCAACAAGCUUGGCUUGAUUUAGGGCCUAAUCUUUAGAUCAUUCCUCUCAAACUCUUUCAAAAACUAUCCCGUUUUGAAGAUCUCAGGGAAUCUAGGAAAAGUCCAUCUUUGUCACACAUUUUGCGAACGUGAUUAUCCUACGCUGUGUGUUCGUUCUCUACUAAGACAGUCAAGCAAGCCGUAAGGUGCAUAAAAAAUGUUAUCCAGAGACAGAAUACCCUUUGAGGAAGGGAGUUUUCUGCUCCACCACCCAAAUCUCUUGUUCUUAAUUUUUAUGGAAGAUAAUUAUCAAACUAUCAAUGAGGUGACAAAGAUAUAAUUAGUCUUACCUACGACUCCCAUCUCGAGCAGAACAUCUUGAUCCCAGUCCCUGUCGGCCUCAUGAUAAUUAUCAACACUUUUACGUUAAAGGUGGACUUCGACAAACCUAAUUUUGACUGGUUUCCCAGAUUCCGUGAGAUUAGAGGUAUGGAGGUCGCUUUGGAGCCUGGAGAGGUGUUAUAUAUUCCAAACCUCUGGUGGCAUUAUAUUGAAAGUGAGAUGCACAGGUGAGAACGUAAUAAAGGCUAAUGUCUCAGUUUAAGCAUGUUGAAAAUCUAGAAUUCCGGAACGAAAUAUUCCUCUCAUGGCCAUGUGUGUGGAGACACACUCAGAGCGAUUUUUGUAGAGAUGUGCAGAAGACAUCCUUUAUCUGACUACAGAACGAUAGUUGUAUGCCAUAUCUUUUUUAAUUUAUCAUUUUUGGACAUUCUAUUUUCGUUUAGCAACACCAUAUCCAUUAAUUUUUGGUUUGAGGCGAAAAAUGCAAGCAAGGUAGAUGACGCAAGGAAAAAGAAGACGAACGCCAAAGAUAUAGAAGCAGAAAACAACAAAGAAUCUCACCAAGAGUAUGAUAACCCGCGGGAAAAUAAGGAACAGCCUGAAGACUAUGAAGAAACCUUAAAGGAGCACUCCGAAGAAACUGGAACUAGCAAUUCUGAGCAGAUCAGCGAACAUAGUGAUGAAUCAAAGGCAGAUGAAACCAUGGCGAAGGGAACCGAGGAAGAGAAGGAUGGAAAAGAAUUUGAAGAAAUAGAUUUAAAUCAAGAAGAAGAAGAUGUGAAAGAAAUUGAGUUGUCGGCCGCUGAAUACUUAAUCCUUCUGAGAGAAACAGAAAUAUCGCUUUACAAAGCUACACUAAGCCACGCAAAGGUAGGUUGUACAAAAAAUGCCAAGAUAAAGCUAUUUACAAACAAACAAAAGAGUAUUAAACAAACAAACGAACAUCUGAAAUAAAAAAAAUUAAAAAAAACAAACAAACAAGAAAUGAAUACAGAGUAUGAUUUCCGAUAUUUCUUUCACACUUACAUGGAUAUAAAUUUCACGUGGUAAAACUGACCCGAGUUUAUCAAGAGAGUAGACUUAAAUACAUUCUAUUACAACUUCUAACAAAUAAAAAAGUGCCUUUUAGCGAUGGGUGGGGAUGGCAUAUUGAUGAGAACGCUCACCUCCCACCGCUCCGGCCCGGGUACGAUUCCAGGACCCAGUGUCACUUGAGUUUUUUGUCGGCUUGAGUUUGCUAUUGGUUCUCGUCCUUACCCCGAGAGUUUCUCCCCGAGUCUUUCAGUUUUUCUUCUUCCUCAAAAAUUAACACUCUAAAUUCCAAUUCAACCUGGAAACUGUGGACUGGAAGAGCCACCGCGUGAAAUGUCCCCUGUUAUAAUUAUAUUAUUAUUGUUAUUAUUAUUAUUAUUGUAAAAUUCGGUCCAAAAAUAGAUUUAAAGUGAGAACUUGACAAAGGGAACAACGAAAGCAAUACCAUGUCGAGAUUGGAUGAAGUUUAUUUUGAAUUCGAGCAAAAGGAAAUAUUUAUCCGAUUCGAGGUAGUCGAUCUGGAUGGGUUUUCAAUAAACUUUAAAUUUAUUUUCCUGUCAAGGGCGUGCGACAAUAUUUUAAAACUCACCUUUUUUUUUCUUUUUUCAGGUGAAGAAAAUAUUGGAUGAAUUGCUAUCGGGAAGAUUUGAUCACAUAUAACGCUUAAUGAUAUCAGAAAGACUAUGACAAUAAUGAAAUUA